AUGAAGCGGGGGCCGACGAAGGGGUUCGUCCGCGAGAAGCUCGAACGGGAAAUGCUGGUGCCCACCCAGUCGCUGACGCCGACGUCGACACUACCACACAUCAGUCCGCCAGCAGCGCCGCUAAUCCCCCAGGGACCCCAGCUCCUGAAAAACGUACCCAUCAAGCUUCCGCCCCUCUUUCCCUCGAUCAAGUCGGAGGCGCCGCCCCUCGCUAUGGACCGCAACACCAGCCCUCCCAUCCUGGGCCCGUUCUGGAAGGUCCCCUACGAAAUGCCGACGCCUCAGGCGCCAGUGCUACGUCGGAAACUGCUGGUGGAAUCCUUACUGAGCACCCUGACCCUGGGAGUGCCUCGUAUCCCAGUGCCGCUGGACAGCGCGCUCUACCUGGACUCGGACGACGACUUCUACAGUGUGCGGCUGCGAGGACCGCUUCUGGGGCUGAACCUGCCUCGUAACUCAGUGCUGCUGUUGCUGCUGCUCAACGGACGUAUCAAAAAGGUCACCCUUUCGUCCCAUCUGCCACAGAUAGCCACCACCCCCACCGUGGGGACAUCAGUGCCUCCUGAACCACUCGAACAAAAUAUCCGCACCUACUAUCACCAGAUACACGGGGACUUCCCCAUCUUGACCAACGAUAAUGGUGCGAUCCCGCGAUUUCUCGAGUCGAUAUCCGUCGACGACGAACGCAGCGUUAAGAUUGCUCAGCUCUUUGCCCAAGCACUCGCAAACUUGAUCCACUACCGUCAGGCUCAUGUAUCCGAUCAUGUGGCCAUUCUUUCCCGCCUCGCUGACAUGCCGUGUCUCGGGCUUCCCCAACCUGUUUUAAUUCUAUUCAUGGCGACAUUUCUUCUUACCAACUACGCUCUAUUCUUAGCCGGUGAAAACUACUCCAUUGGCAUUGGUAUGAGUGUACUGGUGUUUCAUGAUUUACGGGUUCUCGAAGGGUUUGCUGCUCUCAUGGCAUCGGGAAAGCAACCAGUGGCCGAUACCCCCGAGGUUAUGCUUCCAAAGCUUGCGUAUCUCACAUCAGUCCUUGAUACCGCCUGGGCGUUGGGACUGGGGAAACAACGCACGGCGGAACUGUUAUCGUUAAUGGGAUUCAUGGACGCCCACCUUCAGUGGUUGGUACCACUGCAAUGGAUGGUGAAAUUACGUCCAUUAUGGGCAUUGUUGGCCCAAGCAGCAGAUGCUCGUACUCGUCUGUUGAUUGAGCCAUCCAACCCAAUAAAAUUUCCACCGUUGGAAUCAGCGGAUGAUCUAUUCUUAACCCUUGUCGCUAACAAGUUCGAGAUGUAUCAUUACAUCUAUGAGAUGUGUCUGUGGUUGGAUCAGCCCACCCCAUCCAAUGAUGAAGAGCUUCGAGAGACCCUCAGUGACUACGCGGCAAAGCUUUUGAGAUUACUUAAAAAGUUGGUGCUGCUGCUUGUGGCACUCGUGGCAUCAUUAGCCACUGUGUAUAAGUAUACGAUUGCUCCAUGGAUCCAACUUGCUGUUGGCCAACUGUUCCGCAUGAUCAAGUUUGUCAAGACCGUCGUCGACGGCCUUGCAUUUGCGCUUCCAGCGUUGGGUCCAGAUCUUGUCCAACGAAUGAUGAAGGUUCACACAGAUCUCUCGCAAGCAUACAUUCAGUUAACCCUGAACUACUUGGGAUUGCUGUUAGGACCUGCUGCCAUUGAGAAGUUGAAAGCAACGGUCAAUGGCUACGAUCUUCAAUUUGUGGUGCCGGUGCGUCCACCGUCACCAAAACCGAUGACGGGAGCUCAAGUCAUGGCCAGCUGGCGAGGUCAUUGGAAACCCCAAGUCAUGCAAUGUAUUAUUGACGAAACCACAAACGGGUGGUGUUGA